AUGGAGGCGGCAUCUCCACGCUGGCGGCCGCCGCGAAAGCCGCCGCGAGACUCGCCGCGGAAGGCGCCGGCGGCGAGACGCAGACCGAAAGUCGGAGCUGAAGGCGUUGAGCGCGAGGUGAAGCGCGCUCAAGUUGAGCGCGUGGAGCGCGGUGAGUCUGGGACAGGCAUUUCCACCGUCACCCCUGCGGCUGGCCGCAGCAGCUGCGAGCGAAAUCGCGUGCCCGGCAUUGCAGCUGCGAGCGAAAUCGAGCCUGCGCCCCUGGCCGGACACCUGAGCCAACAAUGCACCUGGCAGGUUGAGGAGGCACCCGAGCAGUUCAAGUUCAUGCCAGGGGCCGAGGUUUGGUCGCGUGAUGUUCCGAGGCGCCCCCGAGAUGCGGCGGAGCUGGCGAUGCGGGGCUGCAAGGAGGCGGCGCUGGGGCGGGCGCGGCCAAACAAGGUGGAGCUGGGAGAGGGCCAAAGCUGGCGCCUUCAGCUGGGGCGCCUGCACUCCAUCUCUGAGGUGGGGCCGGAGGCGGCAGAGGAGAAGACCCCAGGUGGCUUUUCGUCACCCUUGCGGGGUGAGGAAGAGUCCAACGCCUGGAGGAAGCUCCUGAAGCGCUCGGGCGCCGGCGUGCCGGAGGGCUACUUGGAGUUUUGGAAGGGCGUGCAGGGAAACAACCUUGAAGAGGAUGAGCGAGCUCGCGCUGGCAUCUUCUUCCGAUCGUGGGAAGUCUACCAGCGGAGGGUUUGGAAAUGGUUCGACACGCAGGUGGUGCCGCACCUGGAGGUGUGGCGACAGCGCGGUGUGAGGAGCCGCGGGAUUGUCGAGGAGGCCUUUGGGGAUGCUUUCCUGCGGGUGGGUGGCUCUGUGCAGGAGGAGCUGUGCAAGCAGCUGUGCGAG